AUGAUGUCCUUCUAUUUUAGCGCAUUGGCUGCUCUUGCAGUCGUCGCAACCGCGAGCCCACUCCCAAGCACAUCGACACCUGCAGUUCCCAUUCCUUCCCUUCCGGCAUGCCCACCUAUUUUCCUCCACAAAGAAGGUGCCCUAUCUCUCCCAGUUGUUGCAAGGAUCUUCGCAGAAAUAUCAACCGCGCCCUUCUCCGGCGCAGGGUCCGCCUCCGACAUUGAGCAAAUCCGCCAGACCAUCGCGCGUUAUCCCCUUGCUGUUGACAGCCGCGACUUUGAUGUCCUCGACACUGUCUUCGCCCCCGAUGUGAGCGCAAAUUACUCGUCCGUCGGAGUCAUGCACGGUGUGGAAGCAGUCAAGGAAGAGAUCGCGGCUACGGUGAGCGUCUUCACGCACACGCAGCACCACACGGGAACUUCGGCAAUCCAACUGUGCCGUGACCAGGGAGACGAGGUCGCGGCGAUCAGCGCGACUUACACCAUGUCGAACAACUUCAUCAGUCCCGACGGGGCGUUCCCCGCCGUGGUGCCCCUGGACGGGGGGAGCGUUUCGUUCGUGUACGCGAUGUAUCAGGACAUCUGGGUGCGCACGGCGGACGAUUGUGACGAUUCUGGUGAGGCUCCGGUGCAGUGGAGAAUUCGUGAUAGGGCUGUGCUGUUUCUGGCAAUAAGCUUCCCAACCCUCGCCAAUUUCGUGCUUUUGUGGCAAUUCGCUGACCACUACUGGCACAGGGACCUCUUGCGGGCACACUACCUGAUGGCCUAUUGUAAAUCUUGGGAACGCCUGGCAGUCUGA